AUGGCAGCGUACGACUCUCUCCGAUUCACCAACCCGAGGAUCGACAACAUGCACCCUUGGCCAUUCUUCUGUGUGGCCCUCGCGUUCGCUCAAAAUGCCCUCGCCGUGAACCAGUUCCGACGACCUGCUGCCGAUGGGCCCACAGGCGACUACAGCGAGAACCCAGCCUACGAGGUCGGCAAAGACAUCACGUUUCUAUGGGACACGGAUUUUGACCAGAUUGAUCUGGUUGUGUGGAGCGACGCGUCGGAUAAGCUCAAGACGUCUCUGUACAAGAGGCUCGCAGGAACCGUGAAGCAGGCUGCCCAGUCGCAUUACUUCAACAUCACCGAUACGUCGGCCGCUUCGGCUUCGGCAUCGGCUUCAGCUCCAGCGACGACUUCAAAGGUGACAUCGACAUCCGUGCCGACUUCUGCGGGCACGGCGACGACACCAACUGCGUACUCGCCACCCUCAUCAACAUCAUCGCCUUCAGCAUCCACCGAUGCCGCGGUGCAGCAAGAUGGAAGUGACAGCAGCGGAAGCGGUCUUUCUGCUGGCGCUGUGGCUGGCAUCGCCAUCGGGGCGGCCCUGGGGACAUUACUUGCUGCUGGUGCUGCAGCAUUCCUGGCAUGGAAACGGCAUCAAAAGAAGAACGGAGCCGACAAAUCAGGCCCUGGUUCAAGAGGCAGCGCAGCCUUCGGUGAUGCUGCGGCUCAGGGAUACUACGCGCCGUCCGGGUACGCGCCCUCAGGCCAGUACACGUCGCCUGCAUCGUAUACAUCGCCCUCGCAGUAUGGCGGGUACUCCGCAGAGUGGAAGAGCCCGACGGUGCAGCCCGUCGAGCUGGCAACGGACAGAACUCCUGAGCUUGGGGGUGGGACCGAACAUGUGGAGGAGCUGUCGACGAACAGGCGCAGCGCGAUGAGUUAA